CGCCUCUGCGUCUUGCAGAAGGCAGAUCUUUCCAUCGGCAGUCAGUGGAUGGAUAAACCGUACGGUCUACAUGGGAUAAACUUGUAACCUCCACCGGGAUGAAUAGUAGGCUAUUUCAUAUCGCUGAUGUUUCAUUACAAUAUUCUCCUGAAUUUGAAUGUGUUUAGAAACUUGCCAAAUUGACAUCUAAUGUUGAUUCAAUUUUGGGCUAUGACGCUUCUACCGGUGUUCCCCUCCCGACAAAUCAUCGACAGAGAGUCACAGUACGAGAUAAAAGGGGCAUUUUGUAAUAAGGGAUCCUGUCAAUCAUAAUCUUUUGGAUUUUCCUCCACUAAUUUACCGCGCAAGAUGGAUGCCAGCGACGGGCUCUCAGAACACCACAUGAAUAAGUAUUCACCCAUUUGAACGCCACCUUAAAAGUGUGAAUAAAGAGGGGGACACGUCGAGACGGGGCUGCGGUCGGGAAAGGGAAUGAAGAAGCUCUCGGCAGGUGGAGGAGCGUCACUCUGCUGUCUGCUGCUCCUGUGGGUCAUCCACUCCCAUCGCCUGAGAGAGGGCCAGUUGGCUGUGGGCACCUGUGAGAUUGUGAUGCUCAACAGAGACAGCAGCAUGCCCAGAUGCAACAUUGCCCGUCAGACUGCCCGCUGUGCCUGCAGGAGAGGCCAGAUCGCUGGCACCACGAAGGCCAGGCCAGCCUGCGUCGACGUGCGUAUCGUAAGGACUAGACAGUGGUGUGAGAUGGCACCCUGCUUGGAGGGAGAGAUGUGUGGCCUCCUCUUCAACCGCUCUGGUUGGACCUGUACCAAAGGUAGUGGCCACAUCAAGACAGUCACGCCUUUGCCUAAGGAGCCAUCGUAAGGAGUUUAGAACACAGUGGGUAGGUUUUUUUGUGCCAAUCAUGGCAGAAGGGGAACAGAGGGCAAUCACCAGGCAAACACAUUUUGUGUCGAUUCGCCAAUUUUUUUCUCAAACCACUACACACCCCCACUCCAAAAAUCAGAGGAGCCCUACUAUGUGACAGUGCACAGAUGUCCGUACUAGUCAAUGAAAGCAACACACCACAGCAUCAUCACCGGGACCCACAUGCCACGUCACAGACUGAAAUACAAAACCUACUGUAUAUAGCCUGGGUUGUUUCAGCACGGCAAGCAGUAAAUCAUUGGGAGUCUAUGCAUGUGUGAGGAACCAAUCAUUUUUCUACCUAUCCCUAUGGAAAAAAAUCUGAAGGUGUGUGUGUGUGUGUGUGUGUGCGUGCGUCUCGUGAUAUACAGUGGGAUCAAGUUGACAUAAUCUUCUUCUUAAGUGUGACACAUCCAGUAUUGUACUGAAGCUCACUUUCUUGCAAACUUGUAUAAUCAUGUUUUAGGGGAUGAUCAUGGAUUUAAAGCAUCAUUAUAACAGAAUCAUAUCUUUUCAAUACAUAAAUAGAAAUAGAAAGAUCUAUGACACAUAAGUUAAAAACAGUAAGUAUGUCCGUUAAUGUGUAGUAUCAAUUCAUUAUUUCAAAGUUAUGGUUUGAAUUGCCUAUGUUUUAAUAUGAAGCACAUUGCAAGUGGCAUACCUCCAUACGACAUCAAAGUGCUGUUGUUUAUAUUGGAUAUAAUGUGUACAUUCACUGUGUAUCCUGUUCCGUGAACAUUAUCAACUUGAAUGUAUGUUACAAGAACAUAAGAGAGCAUCACAGAAAGAGUGAGAUCAUAAGGAUAUUGUAAACAUAUCACCGAAAUGUAGUUAUUUUCCUUCGAAACACAUGAGGAUAAAAAGACAGCCUCUCAUCCCUGGGGCUAAUGUGUGUGUGUGUGUGUGUGUGUAUUUGUGAAUGUAGUCAUGUGUGCUUGAUGCUUGAUUCUCAGUGACAUCGUUUACAUGUGCACAGUAUUCCAGAUAGUAGCUCAUAUCCCAGUUUAGGUCUUAUUCAGGAUAAGAUGUUUACAUGCACCUUUGAUAUCCCGCGAGUAUCCCUUUAUCCAUGAAUAAACUAAAUAUUCAGAAUUUGCCCGUGGACGGCGGAAUGAUUUUUUUGACAGGGGUUGCGGGAUUCUUUGUUGUUGCCUCAC